CGAAUUUAUACCGCGCUUUUUGCUGCUUGGAAUUUGUGUUUUUGACAUCGGGAUGAAGCGUGUGUGGAACUUGGGUUGUUGGCAAAUACUUUUGCUUGUCUACUGCGGCAAUGCAGCGGAAGCUUGUACGAGAGAGGAGCUUGUUAUGAUACAAAUCGUUUCUCGCCAUGGUAGUACAUCGCCGAGGGCAACAUAUCCAGAAGAUCCAAACCCUGUCUCAACAUGGAAGGAAGGAUUGGAUGACCUGAUAAUGCUCGGAAAAUUUCAACCUUAUGCUCUUGGAUGCCAUAUACGAGCCCUUUACGAGGAUUUCAUUACUUCGGAUCCCACUGAGGUUGAAGUUACAAGCUCUGCACAACCAAAAAGUGUUAAAAGUGCGCAAUCGCUACUGGCUUCUCUUUACGCACCUUCUCCGUACUGGGAAGUGGUUCAAAACUUUUCUUGGCAGCCUAUUCAUAUCAAGUAUGACAAAGAAGAAGAUGAUAUGUAUUUAUCAAACCCAGCUUGCCUUGCUGCAGAUAAAGAAUUAGAGCGAGUAAUGGCACGGGAGUCUACUGCAGUCUUCCAAGGUUAUAAGGAGCUGAUAUAUUUCUGGCAGCUAAACAGUGGUUGGGAAUUACAGAGCAUCCGGGACAUUGAUAUGCUGUAUGACGUGUUGUUUAAAGAAGCUUCUUAUAAUCUGACAGUUCCAGAUUGGGCUAAAUCCUCUUGGAAUGAAUUAAAGUUUUGCCACGAACUUGCUUCUAUCUCCAGAUCAAAAACGAAAGUGUUGCAGAGACUCCGAGGAGGACCACUCGUCGGCCUGACUGUUGAAAGGAUGAAAAAAAGAAUUGCUGAUGAAACUGAUCAAAAGAAAGUUGCUGUGUACAUGACGCAAGCGGAGAACAUCGCUGCGUUUUUGUCAGCCAUGGGUAUGUGGAAUUUCCAACAGCCUGGACCCUGCUCGACAGUCCUCAUCGAGUUGUACAAGCAUGAAGGCAAUCCUUUCGUUCGUUAUCUGUACGUCAAUUCAACCACUCCCGAAAAACAGCCGCAACUUAUCUACCCUCUGACUGUUCCGGGGUGCACCGAAUUCUGCCAUUUGGAUUACAUAAUUGAAUACACCAAAGCCAUGAUCCCGACCGACUGGAAAGAUGAAUGUCGGAUUAUUUGAUAGCAAUUAUUUGAAAGAAAGAAUGGGGAAGAGUUAAAAUAACUGUAAACUAUUUUGCAUGAAAAAAAAUAAUAAAUGUUUUAUACAAAUCAUUCAUAUUGUGCUUACACAUGAGACUUUGAAAGUCUUGAAGUUAAUAAGCUGAAAGUUUCCGCCCCAUAGCCAAAGCAAGCCCACUACAAUCAAAUACUACUCGAUCACCGAUAAGAUGGAAAGGCUCACCCAUUUUGCGUGCGGACUGGAGGAAGCCAAUCAUUGGCUUCGAAAAUGCUGAGGCAAAGAACUCAAGACACAUGGACCAACUUAGACGAAUGGAAGACUCGUUUUACGUGAAACAAGUGUAAAGAAUUCUGAUUUCUUCAAGUGACGACGAUUUCGGGGGAGGGGGGCAAGGGGGAAAGCUCCCCCCACUUUUCAUAAUCGAUUUGUUUAUUUUAUUUUCGAAUUUAGGAACAAAAGCUACAAAUUAUGAAAAAUGCAGAAAUGUCAAAACUUUCAGAACAUUGUAUAUCUGUUUAGCACACAUUAUUUUGCCCAAGCAAUAACUUUUAGUUUAUGUAUUCAAAUUCAGUGUUUCGAUAUUAGUAAAUCCAAUGUUUUACUUAAACAAGCCAUACUUGAAAUACACCGCCAG